AUGGACGACUACACUCGAGAAAUGAUGGAUUUAAAAACCCUAGUCACUCGUACUCUUGAAAAGAAAGGCGUUCUCGCCAAGAUCCGGGCUGAGUUAAGAGCGAGUGUGUUUGAGGCAAUCGAACAGGAGGAUAGAGUCAUUGAAAACGAAGAAGGUUUACCUCCUGCGCUUUUGGGUAGCUGCAAUGAUCGCGCAAAACAACUUCAUAACUCUCCUUCAGGAAGGCUGCUAACUGCACUGAUAUGUGAAUAUUUGGACUGGGCUCAGUUAAACCACACACUAAAAGUCUAUCUGCCUGAGUGUAAUUUGCCAAGGGAAUCCUGGAAAUCUGAAUUAAAAGACUUUAGCAGCAAAAAUGGUUAUGACCUUAAUAGGAAUGGAGAUAGUGGUCCUUUACUUUUGGAUGUUCUUGAAGGAUUCUUGAAGUACGAGAAUUUAUCUCAAGGAAGGGGUAGCAAUAGGAGAUUAACCACCCCAGAUGCUGAACCUCUAUCCAAUUUUGAAGCCCGAAAUAUCAGGAGACCUUCUUCAUCAUCAGUUGCUGGGGGAUUACCUCCUUUGGGAAGGACGGUUCCUGGUUCCCAGUCAUCUGAUCGAAGAGCUGGAUCAUCCAUAUCUGGUUAUAGGAAAGAUGAUCAUAAUUGGAGAUAUGACAGUGAUGAGCUUCCAGAGGAUGUAGGACGUGCAUCAGCGGCCUUAGAAAACCUUCAGCUGGAUAGAAAAGCUCGAAAUUUGACCACCUCUUGGAGGCAUGCAGGGGAUGGAAUGUCGAAGGAUGAUAGCAGGAUAGACCAGAUGUAG